AUGGACUCCAAAACCUUCGUCUCAGACUCCCUCAUCCGCCUCACCGGCGCCUCCGACCCCACCAUCGUCGACUUCGUGCUCGCCACCGCCAGCUCGGCCAAAUCCGCCCCCGCCCUGCAGGACAAACUCCUCCCCUUCCUCGACGGCAACGCCGACGACGUCGCCUCGUUCUGCGCCGAGCUCUACCGCCGCACGGGCAAGAAGGAUGCCGCGCCUGCCGCGCCGGGGCGCGAACGCGAACGCGGCGAUGCAGCCGCAGCUGCAGCCGCGGCGUCGAAGAAGAAGUACCGGCUUGUGGAUAUGGAUGCGGAUGCGGAUGCGGAUGCGGCGGGGACGCUGGGGCCGAUGAAUGUGGAGGCGGAGAGGGAGAGGGAGAGGCGACGGCGGCGGGGGGAUAAGGAGGAAGGUCGACGGAAGCGGGAGCGGGAGCGCAGCCCCAGUCGCAGUCGUGAGGACGGGGCCCGGGAUGCAGGGCGGUCGCGGAAGCUGCGGCGGCGGGAUGUGGAGGAUUUCGAGGGUCGGUGGGGAGAUGAGGAAUAUGAGGAUGGAGAGGAGGAGGAAGGGGGGAGGGUUGCACGUGGGGGGGAGUUUGCGGAGUCGCCGGCGAAGCGGACGCGGUUGCAGGACGGGUCUGCGUCGCCUUCGCGUCGGGAGGAGGAGGAGGAAGAUGAAGAAGAACUAGAUCCGGAGACGCGGAAGGAGCUGGAGCGCAAGCGGGACCUUGCGGAGCGGGACGAGUUCGCGAAGCGGCUUGCCAGCAAGGACGACGGCAAGAGCAAGAAGAAGAUCGUGGAGGACCGGACGCGGACGAGCGAGGCGGCGCGGCGGCGCGCACUGGCGGACGAUGCGACGGCGCGCGCGGCCGUCAUGCCGGACCUGCGCCUGCGGUCGCGGCAGGAGUAUCUCAAGAAGCGGGAGACGGAGCGGUUGGCGCUGCUGCGGCGGCAGGUUGCGGAGGAGGCGGCGGAGCUGCGCGACAACCCAAACCUCACGCGGCGGGAGCGGGAGGAGUUUGCGCGCAACCGCGAAGUGCUACGGAUCGCGGAGGAGCGGCUGCGCAUCGACGACCACCGCGACGGCUACAUGAUGCCGGAGGACUACAUCACGGAGAAGGGGAAGAUCGACCGCAAGAAGAAAGAAGAGGCCCUGUACAAGCGCUACGUGGACCGCGACGAGUACGGGCAGGAACGCUUCGUCACGGAGCAUGAGGAGUGGGAGCUGGAGCAGUCGGCCAAGGCCAAGGCGCAGAUCAAGCGGGCCGAGUUCGUGGACGAAGGGGACUACGAGUACGUGUUUGACGAUUCGCAAAAGAUCAACUUCGUCAUGGACGCGAAGCUGGAGGGGACGCAGAAGCCGCUGACGCAGGAGCAGCGGCUGCUGCAGGAGAAGCUGGACGCGGCGGAGAAGAAGGCGGCCUCGAUCGACGAGACGCGCAAGAGCCUGCCCAUCUACCAGUUCCGCGACCAGAUCAUCCAGGCGGUGCACGACCACCAGGUGCUGAUCAUCGUCGGCGAGACCGGGUCCGGCAAGACGACGCAGAUCCCGCAGUACCUGCACGAGGCCGGCUUCACCAAGAACGGCAUGAAGGUCGGGUGCACGCAGCCGCGCCGGGUGGCGGCGAUGAGCGUUGCGGCGCGCGUGGCCGAGGAGAUGGGGACGAAGCUGGGCAACGAGGUCGGCUACGCAAUCCGGUUUGAGGACAACACCAGCGACAAGACGGUGCUCAAGUACAUGACGGACGGCAUGCUGCUGCGCGAGCUGCUGACGGAGCCUGACCUGGGCCAGUACUCGGCGCUGAUGAUCGACGAGGCGCACGAGCGGACCGUGCCCACGGACAUCGCGUGCGGUCUGCUGAAGGACAUCGCCAAGGCGCGGCCGGAUCUGAAGCUGCUGAUCUCGUCCGCCACGAUGGACGCGCAGAAGUUCCAGAAGUACUUUGACGAUGCGCCCAUCUUCAACAUCCCCGGCCGCCGGUAUCCCGUGGACAUCCACUACACCUCGCAGCCCGAGGCCAACUACCUGGCGGCGGCCAUCACGACGGUCUUCCAGAUCCACGUCACGCAGGGCGCCGGCGACAUCCUGGUCUUCCUGACGGGUCAGGAGGAGAUCGAGGCGGCGGAGCAGAGUCUGCAAGAGACGGCGCGCAAGCUGGGGAGCAAGAUCCCCGAGAUGAUCAUCUGUCCGAUCUACGCGAACCUGCCGUCGGAGCUGCAGUCCAAGAUCUUCGAGCCGACGCCGCCCAAGGCGCGCAAAGUCGUGCUGGCCACGAACAUCGCCGAGACCAGUCUGACGAUCGACGGCAUCGUCUACGUGAUCGACCCGGGCUUCGUCAAGGAGAACAUGUUCAACCCGCGCACCGGCAUGGAGAGCCUGGUGGUGACGCCGUGCUCGCGGGCGUCGGCGAACCAGCGAGCCGGGCGUGCCGGUCGCGUGGGGCCGGGCAAAUGCUUCCGGCUGUACACGCGGUGGGCGUACUACAACGAGCUGGAGGAGAGCACGACGCCGGAGAUCCAGCGGACGAACCUGAGCAGCGUGAUCCUGAUGCUCAAGUCGCUGGGGAUCGACCAGCUGCUGGACUUCGACUUCAUGGACCCGCCGCCGGCGGAGACGAUCAUCCGGGCGCUGGAGCAGCUGUACGCGCUCGGGGCGCUCAACGACCGGGGCGAGCUGACGAAGAUCGGGCGGCAGAUGGCGGAGUUCCCGACGGACCCGAUGCUGGCCAAGGCGAUCCUGGCGGCGGACAAGUACGGGUGCGUGGAGGAGGUGCUGUCGAUCGUGUCGAUGCUGGGCGAGGCCAGCGCGCUGUUCUUCCGGCCCAAAGACAAGAAGAUCCACGCGGACAGCGCGCGCAACCGGUUCACGGUCAAGGACGGGGGCGACCACGUGACGCUGCUCAACGUCUGGAACCAGUGGGUGGACGCGGACUUCAGCCCGAUCUGGGCGCGCGAGAACUUCCUGCAGCAGCGGAGCCUGACACGGGCGCGCGACGUGCGCGACCAGCUGGCCAAGCUGUGCGACCGCGUCGAGGUGACGGUCAGCACGUGCGGGGCCAACAACUACGUGCCCAUCCAGAAGGCGAUCACGGCGGGCUUCUUCCCGAACGCGGCGCGGCUGCAGCGCGGCGGCGACAGCUACCGCACGGUCAAGAACGGCCAGACGGUGUACCUGCACCCGUCCAGCACGCUGUUCGAGGUGAACCCGCGCUGGGUGAUCUACUACGAGCUGGUGCUGACCAGCAAGGAAUACAUGCGCAGCGACAUGCCCCUCCAGCCGGAGUGGCUGGUGGAGGUGGCGCCGCAUUAUUACAAGAAGAAGGAUCUGGAGACGCUGGGGCUGGACCGCAAAGUGCCCAAGGGACAAGGGGCGGCGGGCGAGAAGAGCAAGGAUUAA